AUGACGACCAACGACACUACUUCUAUGUUUCAGAACCCCAUAAUCAAGGGUUUUAAUCCAGAUCCCACUAUUUGUGUAGUUCCCGCCACUGACUCAACCCCAACGACCUUCUUCCUUAGCACAUCCACAUUCGAGUUCUUUCCCGGAUGCGCCAUUUACACAUCUACAAAUUUGAUUGACUGGAAGCUCAUCGGCCAUGCACUUACUCGUCGAAGUCAAAUCGAUUUACGUACUGUGGAGCCAGGUGCGGGGAGUUGGGCGAGUACUUUGAGAUAUCGACCUGAGGAGAAGAGGUGGUAUUUGACCAAUGGCCUCUUUCAUCGCUAUCGACCUACUGUUGAUGAACGUAUAUUCCCCCGAGGCUUCUGUGUCUGGACUGACAACAUCUGGGACGAUCGUGCAUGGUCUGACCCAGUUUACUUUGAUAAUCCCGGCUUCGACCAAGAUCUAUUCUGGGAUGACGACGGAAAGGUCUACCUCUCAACGACCAUGCGCAUCGCCUGGCGAGACCCUGACUCCAAAAAGAAGGACUUUGCAAUUCAUAUCUCAGAGAUAGACAUUGCAACUGGCAGAACCCUUACCAUCCCUAAAGUCAUCCGCGAGUCUCAUCAUGGUAUUGCAGAAGGAUCUCACAUUUUCAAGCGUGGAGAUUGGUACUAUCUCCUGACUGCAGAAGGAGGCACGGAAGCCGGUCACCAGGAGUGGGUAUUUCGAAGCAAGCAAGGCCCUUUUGGUCCAUGGGAGGGCCAGGGCAAACCUCUUUGGUAUAACGGGCCAGAUGAAGAGGUUCAGAGGACAGGGCAUGUUGAUGUUUUUCAAGAUGGUGAUGGUGAUUGGUGGUCUGUUCUGCUAGGCGUGCGGCCGGUGAAGCACCAAGGGGGGUUCUUGGAGCCGCAGCUAGGCCGAGAGACUUUCUUGGUAAAGAUCGAAUGGAACGACGAUUGGCCUAUCUUCAACGAUGGCAAGAACAUUACGCUGGAAACUGCUGGCAGAGACCUCGUCAAGUCGGUAUCAAAACCAGGUCUGCUCAUGUGGAAGGCUGAUCUGUCGAAAGACGCUCUUGAGCUGGGAUGGUAUCAGAAAAAUACUCCCAUCAAGCAGUCCUACAGCCUGACAGAACGACCCGGUGUGCUGAGACUCUUCGGCAACUGCUAUGACUUGACUAGUCCCGAGUGUCCAGCAAUGCUUCUCAGGAAACAAACGUCGUAUAACCAGAUCUUUCGUGCCAAGAUGGAAUUCAACCCUACAGUUCGUGGUUACGAAGCUGGAGUCGUGCUUUGGUGGAGCCAGUACUCUUAUGCUUCCCUGGGGGUAGUGGCUUCACAACGUGAUGAUGGCAAACUGGAGUCAAAGAUCAGCUAUAAGGGCGCACCUGGCAGGGCCGGAGAGUUCACUGACUCCACUGUGGACUUCAGCAGCCUUGACAGUGUCGAGUUCACCAUCCGCGCGUAUCCAACCAAAUACGAGCUUUCAUUGACUGCUGGAAAGAAAGUAUCAGAGGCAUAUACAGUAGAGGCCAGUGCUCUCACGAUUAUGCCGCCAGUAGGAGGGUGUUUCACCGGCGUCAUGUUCGGAAUCUAUUCGUUUGGGAGAAACCAGCCAGUUUUAGAGCCGGCAGACUUUCUGGAGAUUAGCACCGAGGAGCUUGAGUAA